UAGGCACAUACAUUCACCAACCAGUCCCUAAAUUGUUAUUUCAUUUCUCCCCUCUCCACUAUAUAUAUAUGUUAGAUGACAUACAAAAAGUAGCAAGGAAACUGUGUGUGUGUGAGAGAGAGAGAAAGAAAUGGAGGGAGACAGCACAAAUGAUGCCUAUAGAGAAUGCCUCCGCAAUCAUGCAGCCAGCCUCGGCAGCUACGCGACGGACGGCUGUGGGGAGUUCACGGCAGAUGAAACCACCACAGGAGGACUAAUGUGUGAGGCGUGCGGGUGCCACCGCAACUUCCACCGGAAAGUCAUCGUCCUGGGCGGCGGAGGUGGAAGGGGAGGAAGCAACAGCAACAACAACCGGGCUCGGGACGCGGAGGUGGUGGAGAUGAUGGACUACGCGUCUACCCAGCCAGCGAUGAUGGUGGAGUCGCAGGAGGAUCGGAGCGGGAAGAAGAGGAUGAGGACCAAGUUCACCGCGGAACAGAAGGAGAAGAUGCUGGCCUUUGCUGAGAAGCUUGGGUGGAGGAUACAGAGAAGAGAUCAGGAGGAUGAGAUCGAAAAGUUCUGCAAGGCUGUUGGAGUGAGUCGACAGGUCUUCAAGGUUUGGAUGCACAACCACAAAAACUCUUCCUCCUCUUCUUCUGCCUCCACUGGGAAUGCUUCUUCUCUCACCCAAUGAGGUUGGCUGAGAUUUUUGUAUGUUAUUUCUUCUUCUUUUUUUCUGGUUUUCUUAAUUUAAUCUUGUAAUAGGGGGCAAGAGAUAGAAAGAGAUAAUAGAGUUAAAGCUUUUCUCUUUAUUUUCUAAACAAUUCUCUGAUUUAUGUGCUCAUUAGUCAUUAUAUGAUCUUCCUUUAUCAUCA